UACAUUUUCACGCGUUUUACCCCCGGUUUCCACCCAUCGCUAGGGUUAUACCAUAACUAUGGUAAACCCCCCCUCUUUUAAUUCUAAGCAAGUGGAUGAGCGAGCUAACGAAGCAGGCGACCAAUAAAUCUAAACGAAAACAAAGAACCACACAAUCUUCCGCUACUUCUAGGGGACGAGACUCAAAGAUUGUUCCAAUAGGCCCGCGGACGAGAAGGUCUACACAUACCGCCGCCACCGCUACGGAUUCAAAAGCGAAAACCAGGGCAGCGCCUCCUGCUCAGACUUCCACCCCAGCGUCCAGUAACAUGCCGCUGCCUCACCGACCAGUGAUAACGGCCAGGGCAGCAGGAACGAGGCGUAAGUCGGCAGCUCAAGAAGCUGGAGACCGAAUCCAGCAUGAAGCUGAAGCAGGAGUAGAAGCGGAAAGUGAGUUUGUUCGUCGCCUUUCUACCUGAUGGUUUGGCUAAUGACUACUCUAAAAAUAAAAUAAAAAGAGGAAUCCGGACCUGCCAAAAUGCCUAUGCUAAAGCCGCGGGUGCGCAACGUCCCGCAGGAGCUUGUCGAAGCGAAAUGGGGCGUGCUAUCCGAUAAGGGGCGCGAGGAGGCCAUGGAGGUUGUCAGGGCUGCGGAAAGACCGGUACUCAUGACGUUCCGGAGGGAGAAUAGGAGGGUGGAAGCGCAGGAGGUGUUGCAUAGGGUUGUUAGGAGGUAUGGCUUUGCAUUAAUUGAUCGAGUAAUAUGUCACGUCAUGCUGAUUGCUAUUCCUCGUUUACUUUCCUUUUUUCACCCUAACUGGCCGACUGGCUGACCGGUGUUAUGGUGGUGGCAGGAUUGGGAAUUCGUUAACGAAGGUCCCUGUUCCACCAUUGGGGAAAGAUGCAUAUCUCAAUUAUGAAAAGUUGUUGGAUAAGAACGUAUGCUAUGCCACCACGUGCUUAUACCCGUUAGCUUACGCCAUGUUGCUGACAUCCCUUUCCCUGGAACAUCAAGCGUGCGCUGGAAGCCAUCCUGGAGCCUGAUCUCCGACAAAUCGCUGGGCUCGAGGUCGAGAUUUCGAAGGAGCAGAAACUACUGGAAAAGGAAAAAGGAUACCUCCAGGAAUUGAAAAGGAACGCAAUCGCGCAGGAAAGCAUAAGGCGCCAAAAAUCUCGAAAUGUGUGUUAUAUCCCACUACCCGCCUAACCACCUAACACCUGUCCUCCCAUGGUUAGUUGGUCAACGAUAUUAACGGGUGGAUGCCGCACAGAUGCAUCCCAUUCUGCGCAAUGCCCCGUCAAAGCAAGAUCCAAUCGACGGGGUGGAAAAGAUAAAUCUCACACCAAAAUUGAGUGCAUCUCUGUACGAUGUUGAUUCCGACCGGCAACUGCAUCCCCUAACGACCCAAUUACAACAACAUCUCACAAGUAUGCAGGGCAAUAGCGGAUCGUUGGGAGAGGUCGCAGAAUGGAUUCAAAAGGGUAAAGCGGCAGUUGACGAGGUUCUCUUUAAGAAGGCAGGUGAUCAGACCUAUGAUACCAUUAUGGGACUCUAGACGAGAAUUUUCCGGAUGGCGGCUGCGGAGAAACACGGAAGGUUCUUUACUGUAUAAUUAUCUACACUUGAGUAAUUUUUUUUGUCGCUUGGGCCCAUACGGCCGAGAGAGUGUGAACGCGGAGGAGUUAUUAGACUUUAUUUCCCCCUCGAAACCCUCGAACCGGGGCCUGUGAUUGUGUUGGGUUAGAAACCACAAUCCGGUAUUGCGAGCCGGGCAGUGGUUGGUUGCAGUGAGUUGAAUGCCAGGUGACGAGUGAUUGGCAGUGAUGUUUAUGACCCACAAUCGCGGGCGGUGAAGUUUAGAUGUUGGUGUGGAGCGGUGAGAAAAACAGACUCUCAUUCGACGCCUCUAGAUCGUGUCAUCUGGUGAGGCAUCAAAUUAAUAGCACGGGAAAAAGAAAGCAGAGCUGUCAGCUUAUCGAUGUGGGGCGACACGCCACAGGCUUUCGCAAAGCACAAUGCUUAAUUAUCUCGCAUCCAAGAUUCUGCUUCAUCAGACUUGUGGAAUUUGC